AACUGCUCACGCACGGUUGAUGACGCCACAGCAUACCAGGAGUUGCCGCUGUUUUAAUAUAUCAUCCACACAACAUCCUGAUCUUAGGAGCGACCAUCGGGAUACGACAGUAUAGUGUACACGAUGGCAGUUCUUUCAUUUGGCUCACAUACGACGGUCGGGCAGUGUUAACGACUUAUGAAUAAUGGUCCAAUGUCGAUACAAAUCAACACUGAGAGGACUGAGAAUACGGCCCAUAAUCCAGCUCAAUGCAGAAGCCUUACUCUCGCCUCUGAAUCGUACUGAUGUGUCUCCUGCUUUAUUCACUACAAUAACCUUAUAUUUUUUUAACCGCAUGCACCUACUGAGAGGAUCAGGGAUAUACCCGGAUAUACAUAUACAACAGCCAUCCACAGUAUGGAAAACAAAGAUCGCGCUGCCCCACUCAUGGAAAAACAACGAAUAAUGCUCCUCAAGUUAAUCAAGGAGCGGGAACACAUUACCCAAAGCAAGUCUACAGGUCCUGGAAUUUGCGGAAAGAAGGAGGUAGCAUGGGAGAACAUUGCUGUUGAAUUCAACAACAUGAACACGCUCCUGGAGCAGCGGUCCAUCUUACAGCUCAAAAGGAGUUUUGAACAUAUCAAAAGAAAAGUUAAGCAGGAAGCGGUAAAUUGCCGGAAGAAUGUCCAGAGAACUGGUGCUGAUCCUUUGCCGAAGCCUCCCUACUCCAGUGAGGAGCUUAUUAUUGCAUCUUCCAUGAUGGGCCCUGAAUUCAACAUGACUGACAAUGUCUACGAGACAUUUGUUUCACGCCCAAUGAAUGAAGCAGAAAAGCCCACACUGGAUAUGGAUGUUUGUAUGGAAGAUCAGCAUCACAAGUCACGUGCUCCAGCUUUGUCCUCUGCUACUCCUGUGUGUACUUAUCCCAGCUAUUCUUCUAGUUACUGCUCUCACAACCUUAUUACCUCUUCAACUGUCCCUAACACGAGCCCUCUUAUCCAGUCAGUGGCCUCUUCUGUUUCCGGUGCAGCUUGUACUUCACUAUCUGGCCCUUCUACUUGUGUUUCUCCCUCUCUUAUUCAAAUUUCCUCACCCUCCCCAACACUCCCUAUUCAUUCACCAGUAGUUCCACCUUUGUCUGAUCCUCUUACAUCACCCGGUACUCCUGUCGCUUCACCUCCACCCACUUGCUCUUUCACCUCCCCCGUGUCAGCAGUGACAACCAGAAGUAAAAAGAGGAGGUUUACCGAUGAGUACGCUGCAUGUCGGCAGAGGCAAGAGGACAGUCACAGCAUGAAGAUGAAAUUUAUGAAAAAGGCACAUGAUGCCGAAAUGAAACAGUAUGAGGCAAAGAUGAAAGAGUAUGAGGCAAGAAUGAAAGAACAUAAGGCAAGAAUGAAAGAGCAUGAGGUACGAAUGAAAGAGUAUGAGAUAAAAUUGCAAGUAUCAAAAGAGAAAGAGGCGUUACUAAAGUAUGAACGCGACAGAUUGCCGCAAUCUUUUGAUAAAUUAGACAUGUUUUUAGAUAGUGGCCAAGCAGCUUAUCAGGAGAUGAUCAAGUCAUGCGAGUGAUAUCAUACAGGAUGUUUCAGAUUUCAUAAUUUAAGGGGUGUCUUCCCGAGACAUACAUAAGGAUAAAUGACUCCACGACGAGUGUCAAUACCCUAUAUAUAAAUAUAAAGAUUUUUCUGAAGAUUUUGUUCACAUGAGUUUUGAAAAUAAUGUCAAUUAUAAAUCAUUACUAUUUUUGUAUUUUUAUGAAAAUAAA